GCGGUGCAGGUGGCCCGACUGCGAUGCAGCAACAGAGCGUUCAAGAAUGGGGAUGUGUUGGUGAAACGAUGAGGUCAAUGAACAUGCACUAAUGCAAGGUUGCGUGUGUGCUUUUGCCGUCGGCCAUCUUUAAAUCGUGCACUGACAUACCAUGGUACGAACCUUUUUUAAUUAACAAGGAAUUGUUUUCUUUUGGAAAACAUUUAUUCCGAGAAUACGCAAAUCGGAAGGAACUUAAUUUCGAAUUAAUUAAAUUCAAUUACUUAAAAUAAAAAGAUUUCAUUCGUAUUUUUGUCAUUAGCAAAUCUGACAAUAGGGAUGAAACAGGAACAAUAUUUAGGGGGUUAUUAAUACUGGAGUUCAUCUUGAUGGGUUGUCUGUGCUAAGCCAAUCCAAUUCCAUAUAUUGUUUCUGAAUACAAUCAGUUUUGUAGUUUAAAAUCAGUUUUGAAAAGAAAAUGGUGUAAACAAAAUGUCAAACCUCAAAUGACGAAAUGAGCAUAAAGGUUAAAUUGGGUUUGGCAGCUAAAAAUACCACCGUGCACCGUGUGUGUAUAAUCGUAAUUUAAAUUGUAUUCCUAUUUCGGUAUUAUUUUUUAUGUAGAACUGGCAAAUUUCGAUUGCAUUAAGCAAUUAAAAGAUAAUAAAAAAAUGCAACGAUUUAUAAAGAUACAAAAUAAAACAUCGCCCUAAAACUCGUAAGCUGGCAACACUGCGGAACGGGGUGUUUGUUUUGAUUUUCAUAUUUACACGUAGCAUUAGUGCAUAACAAUACUCCAAGAAAUAUGAUAGAAAUUAAUGCAAAACUGCUGAGAGAUCAAAGCGCCGUAUUUAUGUGCGGUGAAGUUGUGGAAUGUUUAAUCGAUUUUAUCCAUCCAUCCUUACCGGAGCACAAAAUUUCUCAAAGCAAUAGUGAUAUUUUGGAAAAUCUUGCAUGGGCAACGGUGCAACUGCACUGUUACUGUAAUGCUUCCUUCAACGAGAAAUCAUCAACGGAUGCUGCUACGAACCGAAAUGUUGGUGGAAGCACUUCGCUAAACGCAAGUAAUCAACUCAAGGGUGAGGUGCUACAUUCAACCGAGCCGAAAAUUCUCUUCUGUGACCUUAGGUUAUCCCCAGGGGAAGCAAAACAAUUUCUUUAUCGUGAAACAGUUCCACUCAGUACACCGCCCACGUACCGUGGCAUCCGUGUGAAGCAUUACUACAAAAUUACGGUCGCUACACAGCGAUUAGGUUCCACCGUGCAGGCACUUAACAUUCCCAUCCGUGUGUUACCGCUUCCGCUGCCACAGAGCGAUCUCGAUGAAGCGAUCACAUUGAACGAUGAGUCGAAUGAAGAUUUGGCACCGAACAAUCCGUUUCUCGAGAAAAAGCGCCCACCGUCACGGAUUGAGUAUGCGCUACACUACUUGCGAGGUGUGACCGCACGCCGCCGUCCUAACUUCUUUAUGAUUAACAACAAAUGGGGCAAGGUGGGCCGGUUCUGUCUGUUCAAGUCUGCCUACAAACUAGGGGAGGAUAUUGUGGCGACGAUCGAUUUUAGCUGCGGAACGAUCAAAUGCGUUCAGCUAUCGGUAACGUUACAGUGUGAAGAAACCGAACUGAAUAGCGGUAGUUCAUCGUCGCUCACUACCGGCACAAAGCAUGAACUGGCCGGUUCAGAUGCUGCCGACACCGUGAACUCUUCGGAAGCAGCGAACGAACCGGAACGUCCCAAAAACAUUUCGCGCAUUACGAACUACAGCAAACACCACGAGGUGUGUCUGGGCAUGCUACAAACGCAGGUGAUAUUGCCCAUCCCGCUACACGUGACACCCACUUUCCGCACGGAUCUGGUAGAGGUGAGCUGGCGAUUGCACUUUCAGUUCGUGACAAGCACGAACCCAGAAUUGGGCAGCGAAAUGCUACUGGAUCGUACUACCGAGAACGACGAGGAGCUGGAAUGGGUCGCACCGACCGACAUAGCAAUCGAGACAAUGAUAUGGAGUCUUCCCAUUACGAUCUACCCAACGGCUCCGUUACAAAUACCGCAGCCCUGUGGAGAAUACAAGCUGAACAUAAAAUAAAGCCACAACAUUAUUUUGUGAUCGUGCAGUAAGCGACCCAGUACGUA